UUUCUGGGAUAUCAAAUGCUGCCUCAAGUGUCCCAAGACGACACAAGAGAGGCUGGAUCAUCGACUCCUUCAGUAUGGUAGAGGAACAUCCUGGUCCUUUUCCGUAUGUCCUUGGCACUGUUAGUGUUGACCGAAGGUACAAGGUAAAUUUCGAACUAACUGGCCAUGGUGUGGACAAGGACCCAAAGGGACUCCUCAGCAUUGAUCAGAACACUGGAGUCAUUACAGUCCAUCACAAAAUUGAUUAUGAACAGGUUCAGCUCCUCAUGCUGCAGUUUAAAGCAAGAAAUGUGUCCAAUAUGGCAGUUGACACCCAACUUGGAGUAGAGAUACACAUUUCGGACAUAAACGACAACCGUCCCCGAUUUGAGCACGACGAGUAUCCAAUUACAAUUAAAGAAUCACAACGUCAAGGUGCAUUUGUAAUGACUGUUUUGGCAAGAGACUUGGACAAACGAGGCAGCCCGAAUUCGACCAUCGACUACAGAAUAAUUUCUACGACUCCCAUUACUCAAAAUGCAGAGUUCUACAUGAUAGAAAAUGGCACAAUAUUAUUCAAGGGAUGCUUGGAUUAUGAGAAAGCACAGACAUACACAAUCAUAGUUGAAGCCAAAGACCGUGGAGUUCCUCCUCUUUCAAGCACAUGCAAAGUCAUCAUUAAUGUUGAAGACAUGAACAACCACUUUCCCAUUUUUACCGGUCAUACAGGAACAGGAAGAGUGAAGGAAAGGGAAACAGGACAAACAUUUCUCCGUGUGCAAGUAGAUGACAAAGAUAGUAGGGGCACGUCAGCAUGGAAGGCGAAGUAUACAAUACAUGGAGACACUGGAAAGAACUUCCAAAUUGAAACAGACUCGGAAACGAACGAGGGAAUCCUCUCUGUUGUUCUGGCCCUCGACUUUGAAGAAGGAUCCGUGAGGAACCUGUCCAUCAGUGUGGAGAAUGAGACACCAUACUUCUCAUGUGUGGUGAAGGAGCAGCCCCCUCGAGGGCCCUGGAAGGUGGAUUACUUUGACAGCAGCUCAGGGCAGGGGGGUGUAGUCCGAUCCCCCAUGGAAAAGAUCUCUGUUAGUGUGGAGGAUGUCAACGACCCCCCAGAGUUCGUCUGUCCCCUUGGAGAUGUCACAGUGGAGGAGAACACAGAGAUUGGGCAUCUGCUGGAAACAUUUAUUGCUGUGGAUAAGGACAAGACUUUCAAUGAUGAUUUUGUGUAUUUGAAAGGCUCUGAUCCUGCAGGCUGGGUGAAUGUGGGUCCUCAAGAUGGAAAAAUCACCACAGCUAAAGUAAUUGACAGAGAGUCAGACUAUGUGAAGAACAACACAUACACUAUAACCCUGUAUGCAGUCAGUACAGGGGUACCUCCAAUGACUGGAACAGCCACACUCAACAUCCACCUCACAGACCAAAAUGACAAUGUUCCAAAGCUGGAAAGCCACAUGCUGACCAUGUGUCUUUCUGCCAGUGUGGUCAACAUCACAGCCUAUGACCUGGAUGGAGACCCAUAUUCUGGCCCCUUCCACUUUGAACUCCUUGGAGACAUCAAGGGCCGAUGGAGGCUUGACCCCAGUUUCGGGAGGACUGUUAACCUGAUAAAGGAGGAAGCAGUCUAUGCCGGAUCUCACAAACUGCUACUCAAGAUCUCAGACGCACAGGGCAAGUUUCUGCAGCAGAACCUCACCAUGACGGUGUGUGACUGCUCCACGAUUCCCAACUGCCAUGCCCGCAGAGUCACCUCUGUCAUUCCUGGGGGUGGGACAGUUGGGAUUGUGAUUGCUUCCCUAUUCCUGUUUCUAGGUGUCCUGCUAUUGGUAAUAUUUGUAUCCUGUGGGAGACAUAGAACAAUGUUUCUUGUUGAUCCCGGUUCUGGAGCAACAUUGCUUAAAUCAAAUAUUGAAACACCUGGAACUGACUGUAAGGUUCCAGAUGCUCAAGUGAUCCAAAAUGGAAGGUGUCAUGAAGCGAUGUCUACCCAGUCAAAUGUCAAAAAUAGUACAUUCCAACAGGAAGCAAAUAGCCAGUUGAGAUUUCAGGAUUUUUCCACAUACAAGAAGUGUCAGGUUUCUCAGCAAUAUGGUGCAGCUGAUGCCUUUCAGGUACGAAUGAUCAUUAAUGUUUGGCACCUUUUAAACAGUGCCUUUUGCACUCAGUUUUUAAUUAAGCUGCACCAUGUUCUCUUUGCUUUGCAGAGAGGCAGCAUGCGAUCUCAGAACAUGAAGGGACACUUUCAGAGAACAUUAUUCAGAGGGGAAAAUUCUUCAUUCAGAGAACAAAAUAUUCCAGCAAAAUAUGAAGUACUGCUCUCAAUACUAAACCAGAAAACAAACUCCAUCCAUGACCAGGAAGACGACAUCAUUAAGUAUGAGCCCCAUGUGUAUGAUGAUGAGGGGACCGAAUGCAGGGGCGACAUGCAGCUGGACGCCAUCUCCAUCUCUGAGGUCAAAUUCGACCCAGAUGAGCUUCUUCACCUAGGCCCCCGUUUUAGCAACCUGGCAGCUUUGUGCAGCCCCCCCAGUAACGUUGGCCUUUAACACUAACACUAAACCCUAACCUAAACCCAGCGACGUCGGCCUUUAACACUAACACUAAGCCCUGACCUACAUCCAGCGACGUCGGCCUUUAACACUCACACUAAGCCCAAACCUAAACCCAGCGACGUCGGCCUUUAACACUCACACUAAGCCCAAACCUAAACCCAGCGACGUCGGCCUUUAACACUCACACUAAGCCCAAACCUAAACCCAGCGACGUCGGCUUUUAACACUCACAC